GCAGUGUCCAAUUGCUGGGCAAUAGAUAAAAGGUUUUAGAGAUUGCGUGAUUUCUCAUAGGUAUACCAUGGUCAGUGUUUCUGUUUAUACAGGUUCAGUCAAUGAUAUCAUAUCAUAUAAUCCUUGAUAUUGAUACCUAGAUGUUGAACUUUACUAUACUGGGGGAUGUUUUAUUUUAUCCACCGAUUUUUUUUUUUAUACAAUACAAUGAUCUUGGCAGUACAUAAGUCCUGAAUGAUGUGAUGAAAAACCUUUGUCUGUAAAUCAUGCACGGUGACAAAAAGUGAUACUUGAUAUACAUUGUGCGUCUUCUCCACAUACAUCUCCUCGUGAGAGAAGUACAGUUUCUUGGCCUCGAUUAACUCACUGCUACAGCAGAUUUCCUAUAUCCUAUGAAAAUAUUUUUAUCGUUUUAUCUACCACGUACUUUAGCCAGGAUACCUAAUAGGUAUUCAAUUCAAGAGGGUCUGGAAGCCCUAUAGAAGGGAUGUUUUUAACAGUUUCAUUAAGUAUCCUAUGUUGUAUUAUGGAUGCCGUCACAACCUAAUUGAAACAUCCUGUUUAUUGUAUUGAUACUGGAAAGCCUACGAAACAGCUCAGAAAUCAGUGACCAGUUGAAAAUGUAUUUUGUUGGUGAUAAGUUGUUUCCGUUAAAACAAUAUGUGCAAAAAUAUCUGUUUUGUAACAAAAUGUUUGUUUAUGUUAUUAUUACUACGAGCGCAGUUUACUCUACAGGAUUGUCCGGAAGAAAAGUCAAGAAAGGGUAUACAUGUUAAGUGGCCCUCCACCCCAAGAGCAUCUGUCGUCAAAUCAAUUCCACCAUGCUAUCACAACAUGAGCACAGUAGUGACCAGGUCCUGCAACGGCACCCACUGGAUGCCCUCGUUGGAAGACUUGGAUGCUUGCACAACAAUGGUCCAAUAUUAUGAGAUAACUUCAUGCCCUCCUGGAUUCCAUAAAAUAUCGAACGAUAGCCAGUAUUGUUAUGGAAUAGAAUCUCCGUCCGAGUGGGAUUAUCCAUGCUUCAAGAGCGGCAGUGGCACUGUCAUCUCAAAAUUGAAACGAAAUGAAAUGAACUCACUUUUGGCUUCAUUAGCUUCAAAAGCUUCAAAUCAAUCACACUCUUUAUUCUGGUUGCCAGCAACUCGUCAAAAAGUGUUUAACCCUGUUACAUGGACUACUCCAGGACCAGAUUGGAACAAAGAAGUUACAGGAGGUGGGAUUUUGCCAAUGGUUGCUUCUAUAUUCAAAAACUGUCUUGCUCUUGAUGUUGCAGGUAAAGUUGUCAUCACAAGAUCUUGUACAAAUACGUUCCCCAGUUUAUGCUUAUAUCCAAAUGAUUUACACUUUCCUUCACACUGUCCAGAUGGAUAUCAGGCAUUUAGAUUUAUGCCAGAUGACAACAUUUGCCUAGGUAUAGAAUAUUCUGACUCUGAAACAGGAUUAACAUUUGCUGAGUUUGUAAAAACGAAGUGCAAAUCACCACUUGGGUUCAAUAAUAACAGCGAGCUAGCAAGAUUUGCUUUUGUCCAAAUGGCUCAAAAGAUAAAUCAAAUAGAGAAUAAAUGGUGUUGGUUUAAUGCGAUUAUGAUAUCAAAUAAAUCGUCUGUAUUUGCAACUAUAGUAAAUAAGGACGGAAUAUACCAAUCAUAUGAUUCAAGAAGUCGUUUGACAUGUAUGGUAUGUGAGGCGGAUCUAAUCCAGAAAGAAACUGACUUGACCCUUGAAUAUAACGAAGAAGAUAGUAAAAUGUAUCUAACUAUUUAUUACCCUUCCGGACUAUGGAAAUAUAAUAACAAUGACACAGGUAUUCGAUGUUUUUCAAAUGCUAAAGGAUUUUCAUCAUCAGUUCGUUUCAAAGAAGUUCCAUCGGCUGAACCUUUCUCAAAAUCAGACGAUGUUGAGACUAUUGAACAAAUUACGUACAAUAUUGAUCUCAUAGGUGGAAGAACUGCAGAAUAUUGGUGUGAAGGCCACACAGCCAACCUAUCUCUAAUUACCACUGAAAAAGUUGUGGCUAAUCCAAGCGGUGAUGAAGAUCAUGUAUUUGCACUUCGAGUCAAGUAUUAUCAUAACAAUAUUGCAUUCUUAAACAGUAACACGACAAAUUUUGAUCCAAUCAUAGAUUCUAUCGGUAAAGUAUUUUGCGCUAAAAAUGUAUUAUUGAUGGACAUUCUGCAAUAUGAUCAUGAAUUAGCGGAAUUAUUGCUACAUGUCCAUAUUGCAAAUAAACCUAACAAUAGUAAAAGUCGAAAAAGUACAGAUUUAACAGAAAUUUAUAACAACUUAGUUGAAAAGAGUGAACAAAAUUUUGAAAAACUUAAUUUACAUCUUGUAAGUUUAGAUAAUUGUUUAUUUUGUCUGCCCACCACCAGUGAAGAUAUUUUUACCUUAGAAUGGGAACAAACACGUCUUGGUGAUAUUGCAGCACCCAAGCAGUUUUGUUUACAAGCUAAUGGACUGCCAGUUAAAAGAAGAUGCGUAGGAUCUUAUUUAACUGGCAGUUACUGGGGAAGAGUUGAUGGAAAAUGCGACCAGAAUUACAAACCCAGUAAUACGACAACUUAUCUUUACAACUUUGUGAGGGAAAGGGUUGACCCAGUUAACUUUUUAAAUCAAGGUUUGUACUACGUAUUAAAUGAUCUAAACAUAAUAAUUCCAGCAGAUAUUUACUACUUAUCGAUGUCGUUACAUCAUGUUUCCAACGUAAUACACACAAAUAAUUCCUAUUUAGAUAAAGAUGACCUGGGAAACAUAGCUUUUGCAGUAGACAGACUACUAUUGUUAGAUUAUAAUUAUUUAAACUUGGCUCAGACUUUAAAUUCAACGAAUGUUAUAUUAGAUUCUGUGACAGACAUUGUUGAAGAAUAUGCAAACGCUUAUAAAGCCCAAGGAAGAAGACUGGACAAGAACCACAGUUACCAGUUAUCAAUAAAACCAAAAUUCCUAGUUCAAAUAUCAUUCCCAAAUAUGAAUGAUAUCACAGGAAUAUGUUUGAUUCGGAACUCAAGUUCCGAUGAAUUUACUGACAUGAAAAUUGAGCCACUGUACAGGAAUACCAGUUUAGAUGAUUUACUUAAUAUCGACAAUUUAGAAAUAGCCACUUGGAUCCCUGAUAGAGUUAUAAAUUCAUUAAAACCUAAUAGUAAUGAAAGUGAUUACAUCACUGCCGAUUCAGACGACUUUCAUAUCAUUAUUCAGAUUUUCCACAAUGAUGCAGUUUUUCAGGAAAUGAAUAACUAUAGGCAUAAAAUAAAUAGUCGCAUAGUUGAAAUUUCAAUUCCGACGUUUAAAUCAGAUUUGCUAUUUCCAAUUUAUUUAAUAUUCAAAGAUCAAACGUUUGUUAACGCGAAACAACGAAUGUGUGGCUAUUGGGAUUUUCAGCCUACAUUAAAAAGAAAUUUUAACCCUGGUAGCUGGAAGAGAAAGGGAUGUUAUUUUGUGCAGCAUACUAAUAAUUUAUCAGUUUGUCAAUGCUAUCAUCUAACGCAUUUUGCUCAACUAAUAAGUUAUGAUGGAUUCGGUAAACACAUCACUGAUGGUAAGGUGGCAGAAUCUCAUAGAAGAGCGUUAAAUAUAAUCACAGUCAUCGGUUCAUCACUGUCACUGAUGGGUAUAUUGGGAAUAUGGAUAACAGCAUUAACAUUUACGACGUGGCGACAAAAACCCGGAACUAAAAUCCUUCUUCAACUCUCAACCGCUGUGGCGCUGCCACUUAUCAUUCUUAUUUAUUUCAACUUAGAUAAUACUAUAUUUGUUAUAAUUGACGAUAGCUUAAUUGUUGAUGAAGAUAAGAAAAUUCCAUGUAUCAUCCUCGGAGCCUUUCUGCAUUAUUCAAUCUUAUCUGGAUUUGUGUGGAUGCUGAUAACUGGAGCUUUGCAGUUUGUGCGUUAUGUACAAGUAUUGGGUGUGAGUCGUCCUUCUAGGUUUAUUAUGAAACUGUCCAUCAUCGGCUGGGGUUCUCCUCUUCUGCCAGUGAUCUGUCUUCUAUCCGUGGACACAGAUAGCUACAUUCCAUCUCCGCAAGCUAAUGGCGCCACCAGUGGUAUUUGCUAUCCAACUGGAAUAUAUUUGAUUUUAAGUGUUCUGUUACCUGUUAGUAUAAUAGUUGUAGUCAAUAUUAUACUAUUCACGCUUAUAAUAAUUGCAAUUUCUCGAGGGCCUGACGGUAAAAUGAGAGCUACAGACUUGGAUUUGGUCAAAGCUCAGCUACGUUUGUCCACUUUACUAUUUUUCUUAUUGGGUUUAUCUUGGAUAUUUGGAAUAUUUUCAUUCUCAAGGAACGUAUGGUGGUCUUAUUUGUUUUGUUUGACUGCCACAAUACAAGGUUUUGUAUUGUUUUUGUAUUUUGUGGUGUGUGACCCGGUGACGAGGGGCCUGUGGGUCGCUCUCAUGAAGCCACAGUUCCAGUCGUCUUCACCACGCGACAGUAUAAGUGUCUCAUCAUCGUCCACUGAUUUGUGUAAACAAAACAUGUAAACAUACAAAAUAACAUAAAUGACAUACAGUACCUAGAUAUAAAUGACUCUUG